GCCCAGACCCUAGUGCUCUCUAUACACUGCUUGUCUCCUCUGCUCACAUCAGGAGGCAGUCAGCAACAGAAUAAUAAUUCCGUUUUCCCUCCCUUUCUCCCACAGUGCCCAGCGAGAAUUACGGUCAUUGUUAGUGCUUAGCUCUGAGUAAAUGCCCACACGACCUGUGGGAUUAAACACAACGAAGGGGCCUGACAGUCCUCCUGGGAAUGGUGCCUGCCACGUUUCUGGACCAAUCCACCAUGCCUGAAGUCAAAGACCUUUCGGAAGCCUUGCCAGAGACGUCAAUGGAUCCCAUCACGGGAGUGGGGGUGGUGGCUUCUCGGAACCGAGGCCCGACAGGCUAUGAUGUAGUUGCCCAGACAGCAGAUGGUGUGGAUGCUGACCUCUGGAAAGACGGCUUAUUUAAAUCCAAGGUGACCAGAUACCUGUGUUUCACAAGAUCAUUUUCCAAAGAAAAUAGUCAUCUAGGGAACGUGUUAGUGGAUAUGAAGCUCAUUGACAUCAAGGACACUCUGCCUGUAGGCUUCAUCCCAAUUCAGGAGACGGUGGACACACAGGAAGUCGCAUUUAGAAAGAAGAGGCUGUGCAUUAAAUUCAUCCCACGAGAUUCGACCGAAGCUGCAAUUUGUGACAUUCGGAUCAUGGGCCGGACCAAGCAGGCCCCUCCUCAGUACACGUUUAUUGGGGAACUGAACAGCAUGGGGAUCUGGUACCGAAUGGGCAGAGUCCCAAGAAAUCAUGACUCCUCUCAACCCACAACGCCUUCCCAGUCAUCAUCCGCCUCCACCCCGGCCCCCAGCCUUCCCAGGCACAUCUCUCUAACGCUCCCUGCUACCUUCCGAGGCAGGAACAGCACUCGGGCGGACUACGAGUACCAGCACUCCAAUCUGUACGCCAUAUCAGCCAUGGAUGGUGUGCCUUUUAUGAUUUCAGAGAAGUUUUCUUGUGUUCCAGAAAGUAUGCAGCCCUUCGAUCUCUUGGGAAUCACCAUCAAAUCUCUGGCAGAAAUUGAGAAAGAGUACGAGUACAGCUUCCGCACGGAGCAGAGCGCGGCCGCCCGGCUCCCAACGGGAGUUGCCGCCAUCCCUGGGGACGUGGACCCUCCCCCACUAGUGACCUGCCUUGUCUGGCUGUCGGGGUUUGUCCUGAUCCCAGAUAACGUUGGUGUCUUCCACCUGGAAGGCCACCAGUUGGUUGACACUUGGGACGGGAGGCUUGCCGUGUGUCUGGAGGCUGCCGUGGAGUGCGGCGAGGUUCCCCUACCAGGAGGGCGGGCGGCACGGGGCUCCCCAGGUGGCGGGGGUGCAGCAGGAACCAGCCGACACGGUGAGGCGGGCGCCAAACGCCUCGCGGACCUGCUUCAGCCCUGCCCGUUCUCGCCCCUUGGCCCCCCCGGCUUCACCCCAAUGGCUCCCGACAUCUACGCCUCGGGGUGGCGGUCGCCUCUCCCCGCUGCCCCGAGGCCUGAGGGCGUCCCUGUGCUUCCUACAUGGCAGGGCGGCAGCAGAGGCCGUUCGCUCGUGAAGCCUGGAGGCUGCAGGUAG